AUCCCUGCCCACACCCUGGGGCCAGAGGAGACCAGGUGGAGACUACUCCAGAUCCAGAGGUCACAUGAUGAGAGGGUUAAGGACAGGGAUGACACCAUCGCUCACCUUCGUCAGAUCAUUACAGACCAGGAAACACAAGCACACGCCGACAGCCUCAACUCUGCUGGACAUGCAGCAAGCGUCAGACAGACGACACCAACCAGCAAGUUGCUGGAUCAGAUCCAAAGUCUGCAGAGAGAGAAAGAAACUCUCUUACUAAAGCUGACAGAGCAUGAAACCAAAUCUAUUAUCGACUCGAUGACGACUGGGGAUGGCUCUGGUGAUGGCUCUGAUGAUGACGUGGACGAAUCUGUGCAGCUCGGCUCCUGUAUUUCGGACACGGAAAAAGAAUUGAUGCUGAUAAAAAGGGACAAAACUCAUUUGAGCAAAGAGAUCAAGAGGCUGAAGGAAGAGAACCAGGCAUUACGUCAUCAUUUGACCAGGUGUGGCGUCAACGUCCCCCAGCUGAACUCUCGUACACAGCCAGGUCAGGUCAAAGGUCAAGUCAAAGGUCAGCCAGAAGUUGGGACAGCAGUUGCUUCCCUGGAUGAUCAUCUCCACAUGCUGACAAGAGAGGUGGACCUUCAGCUCAAGGAGCUAAGCCACAGUGAGCUCAAGCUGGAGCUGUACGAAGGUCACCACAAAGGUCACGAUGAGCAGGUGAGGUCAGAGGUCAGCCAGGAAGUGCAGGAGGAGGUUAGAAAGUUGAAGGCCACGCUGCUCAGGUUACGUGACGUCACAGCGGUGGUCAGCUCCGAGUUUCAGGUUGUCAAGAAAUCUUACCUGGCACUGAAGAGAGAGGUCAAGGACAUUCCACUCACAGUAGGACAGGCCAUGGCACUCUUACAUCAGCAGAUCAAGACGAGUUUGGAGGACAUCAACAGCAGGAACCAGGAGCUGGUGGAGAAAUACCUGCGGGAGAUGAAGCUACGCAAGAAGUUGCACAACCAGCUGGUGGAGGUCAGAGGCAACAUCCGGGUCCUGUGCCGAGUGCGGCCAGCCAUCAAGGAGGACGGGACGGACGAGACAGCCCUGGUUGUCUCCCUUGACAAGGACGACGACUCUCUUGUCAAGGUACUCAACAACGGCCGUCUGCAGCUUUUCGACGUCGAUAAGGCUUUCGGCAUGGGCAGCACGCAGUCUCAGGUUUUCGAUGAAGUGUCGGCUCUAGUGAGGUCAAUCAUUGACGGCUACAAUGUCUGCAUUUUCGCCUAUGGGCAGACAGGCUCAGGGAAGACUUUCACAAUGGAGGGCACUAAAACAGAUCCGGGCAUCAACCAAAGGGCACUUCAGCUUCUGUUCGAGGAGACCCAGGGCAUAGAGGGCAGCGAGUGGCAGUACGAGAUCACGGCAAGCGUGGUGGAGAUCUACAACGAAACCAUCAGAGACCUUCUGAGCCAUGACCCCAACAGCAAGUUAGAGGUCAAGAUGAAACCAGAAGGAGGCUACCACGUGCCCGGUCUAUACACCGUGUCUGUUUCUUCUUUGGCAGAAGUUAAUAAAAUGUUUGAGACCGGAAGAAGGAACCGAGUCACGGCCUCCACCAACAUGAACGAGCACUCCUCCAGAUCUCACUGUCUGUUGUGUGUGACAGUCAAGGGGCACAACCCCAUCACAGGAGUUCGCUCCCUUGGUCGGCUGAACCUGGUUGACCUGGCCGGGUCCGAGCGGGUCAGCAAGUCCAUGGCAGACGGCAGCCGUCUGAAGGAGGCCCAGAGUAUCAACAAGUCCCUGGCCUGUCUGGGUGACGUCAUACACGCCCUCAGGAACAAGCAGGCGCACAUCCCGUACCGGAACUCUAAGCUGACCUAUUUACUGCAGGACUCGCUGGGUGGUGACAGCAAGACGCUGAUGAUCGUGCAGGUGGCGCCGGUCGAGAAAAAUGUUCACGAGACGGUCUGCACUUUGACCUUUGGUCAACGUGUCAAGAACGUCGAGCUGGGGACCGCCACCAGGAACGUGGACAGUGUCAAGACGACCCCCAUGACGCCUGCGACCCCUGCGACCCCCGUGACCCCCGUUCGACCUUCAAGCAUUAAAAUCAUGACAUCAUCUGCCUCCACGCCGUCAUCAGUGACGUCAUCCCCCGUCAGCUCACCUGGUACCUCCCGCCGCCUCCACCUGACCGCCUCCACGCCCCAGCUGACCGCGAGGUCAAGGACGUCCAUGUCUCAGUUGGGUCUCCGAUCUCUAACAUCUUCACCUACCUCGCCAAGGUCACCCGUCUCGCCCAGGUCACCAAGGUCACUGGUGAUAAACAGAACACUCGAGUUGAGCAAGAAGUCGCCCUCAUCGAGCAGUCUGUCGUCUGUCAGCAGUCUGUCGUCUGUCAGCAGUCUGUCAUCUGUCAGCACCCCCACCACUGCCGGCAGCAGAGCAACACAACGGCUCCACAAGUCUUCCACGUUACCGAGAAAUUUUAAUGUAAAGCAAGAGCGGACAUAAGUAAAUUCAGCCCCCCACCCACAGCC